AUGUUUGCACAGCCUGGAACCGUUCUCACCGGCUACAUCCACUAUCGUAUGGUGCUUGGCGUCACGGGCAAGGCUCUGACUAGUUUUGGUUCAAGCAAGGAGUUUGUUGCUGCCGUCCGGGAUACGUUGACAGCCCACGCGCGUGCGUAUGAAGAUGCAAAAAUCUUGCACUGUGAUGUCGGCCCUGCGAACAUUAUCAUCACGCAUGAUGGCGGCAUUCUCAUCGGCUGGGGCUUCUGCAGAAGACUACUCACAGAUGACGGGCCAGGUAGUGCAGCGAUCUUACUGGACCAAACCAAGCCGCAAGGUCGCAUCGACGACCUUGAACCGUUUCUUCAUGUCCUCAGCUGGGUCACACUCCGCUACUUGGACAACACCAUGAAUACUCUCGCCCGAGCCACAUACUUGAGCAAAACAUUUGACGAAGCUCGUAUUGAGAACGGUAUAGCAUCGGGUGGAGAGCACAAGGAGCUUCACUCGGUCGGUGAUGCAUAUAUCCUCGCUAAACUCACCUUCAAGAAGACAUCUUCCUUGUCGAAUUUGUUGCGGGAGAUUGCCGCAGUCUUCCGAUGGCGCUAUGCCGAGAUACCGGAGAAAGAGCGUCAUUCUUUCACCCGCAUUCAAAACCAUAUGGAGCAAGGGACACUACUUCACACAGCUCUUGAGCUGCUUAUGAGUGUUUCUUCGGUUGCCAUGCAAAACCUGGCAGAUGCAUCAUGGCUACUCGAUCCACUGAACCGACACCUUUUCCCGACUGUCGAGUAG